GAGGGCCCUGGCUUGCUUGACUCAGUGGGAGUGGACUGGAAGAUUGGAGCUGGUGUAUUUUAUGAUCAAAUAGUCUUGUGUCAUUCUUAUUUAUUGCUGUGCGUGUUAUUGAUGAAAAGUUAAAUUCGUGAAACCAUAUAUUUAGUUUCUUUGAAAUUUUAAUAACACUUUUUGAAACUAAUUUUUAUAGUUCUUUGUUUCGAAAUAACAAUGAUAAUGUAUUUCAAGACAUUCUUUGUGAUUGUUUACAUGUUUUCCAUUGGUGCGUGCCAACGUACUCCCACCAUAUCAUACAUCUCACAGGAGCAGAUUAAGGAUAUUGGGGGGACAGUGGAGCUGGAGUGCUCAGUGCAGUACGCUCAAGACUACCCUGUACUAUGGAUGAAAGUGGAUCGAGGCCGUACCGUGGAGCCUCUACCGAUUUCCACCGGAAGUACACUUAUCAUUCCUGAUGGUCGAUUCUCUCUCAGAUACGAUACAGCUAGUUCCACCUAUACUCUUCAGAUUAAAGACAUCCAAGAGACUGAUGCAGGUUACUACCAGUGCCAAGUGAUCAUAGCUCUGUACAACAAGAUCCAGGCAGAAGUGGAUCUGCAGGUGAGAAGACCUCCUGUCAUCUCUGACAACUCUACAAGGUCCGCCAUUGUUAGUGAGGGGCAGAAAGUCAGCCUAGAAUGUUACGCUAAUGGUUACCCCCUACCGAGGAUAUCUUGGAGAAGAGAGAACAAUGCUAUACUUCCCACAGGAGGAUCAAUAUACAGAGGGCACAUCUUGAACAUUAACACAAUUCGCAAAGAAGAUCGUGGCACCUACUACUGUGUGGCUGAGAAUGGAGUGGGCAAAGGUGCGCGGCGCAACAUUGCAGUAGAGGUGGAGUUUGCGCCGGUGAUCAGUGUGCCACGACCACGUCUCGGACAAGCGCUACAAUAUGAUAUGGACCUUGUAUGUCAUGUGGAGGCCUAUCCACCCCCGGCACUCUCUUGGAUAAAAGACGACGUUGUGCUUUCCAAUAAUCAACAUUACUCAAUAUCUCAUUUUGCAACUGCUGAUGAGUUUACAGAUACAACUCUGCGAGUGAUAACGAUAGAAAAGAGGCAAUAUGGCAACUACUCGUGCAAGGCAGCUAACAAACUAGGCAGUUCUCAGCAGUGGGUGGAUUUGUUUGAAACUGUAAUCCCUGUGUGCCCACCCGCCUGUGGACAGGCUCGCUACUCCAGCGCUGCUUCAGUCACCACUUCUAACGCACUGAUACUCCUCGUAGCUCUCUUCUUCUUUUUUAAAUGAGAUCUCAGUACCCAACAUCAACUAUCCGGGACUGCUUUGGUGGGAGAACCAUGUUUCAAGGAGUGAAUCUACUCCUGCAGCUAUCUUCUUUUCUAUUUACAUUUUGUUACAUUCCUACUAAGACUCUAACCCAUUCUGUCCUACUUUGAACAUUUAUGUAGAUUUAUUAUUUUAUGAAUAAUGACCAAUUGUAUUGUAUUUUAUUGACCUAUUCAAUUUUUAUAUUGUUUUAUAAGGGGAGAUGUACAUUCCUAUAUCCAUCAGUUUAUUUGAUAUGUAUAAUGAUUCAUUACCUCAGAAAGUUGUUAAAUAUCUCCCAUGUUUUGUAUACAUAACUUUAAAUGCACCUUAGCAAAUUCAAAACAUUUAACAAAAAUA